UUAAUCAUCUUUCUUCUCAUAAUAAUACAAUUAUGGCAAAGCCUAUUCUAUUUUUUGUAGUUUUGAUUCUAAUUAGUCUAAUUAUAUGUUCAAGUUCAGCUACUAAUUACAUUGUGGGUGAUAGUUCUGGCUGGGAUAUUAGUACUGAUCUUGAUACAUGGUUAGUAGGAAAGAAAUUCAUGAUUGGAGAUGUACUCGUGUUCCAAUAUUCAUCGGUACAUAGUGUGUCCGAAGUAACGAAGGAGAAUUUCGCGGGGUGCAACACGAGCAACGUGCUCGAUUCGAGUAAAAAUGGCAACACAAAUUUCACAUUGACAAAGCCAGGGGAUAGAUACUUUGUUUGUGGUAAUAGGUUACAUUGUCUUGGAGGAAUGAAACUUCGCGUAAAUGUAGAAAAUGUAAAUGGUGCAGCAGCAGGAUCCCCUGCUCCUGCACCAUCACCAGAGGGAGGGGCCUCAUUUUCCCCUUCUUCAAAGAGCAAAAAUCCAUCAUUUGUUCCUAAUUUUGCUUUGUCUAAUAUUCAUGUUGGAUUGGAUUCUAUGGUACUUGUAAUUCUUGGUUUUUUGUUCUUUGCAUUUUCACUAGUGUAAACUUGAGGAUUUCUCAUUUUUCA